AUGUCGUAUUAUCCACCACAGCCACAAGGGUACUACCCACAGCAGCCAAUGCCACCACCACCGAUGGCAUAUGGGCCACCGCCGCCACAGCAAGAGAGCAAUUCUGGUGUAGUUGCUGCGGAGGUUGUUGCACUUGCUGUUGCGACACUAUACGCAAUUGCUGCCUUUGCUUCAUCGGUACGCUCUGCUGUUGCUUUGCUGCAGAAGAACUGGAAGACUCAAAGGCGGGAGAGCUUUACUGGCGAUGGAUUCACCAAGAUAUCCAAUAGAGCACCGAUACCAACUUUCUCCAAGAACAAGCAGGAUUUCCUCAUCAGCAACCUUCCUAACCUAGAGCGCACUAAAAACCCAAGCUUCAAUAUGUACGGUGGACACGUUCCCUCUUCCAGCGACAGCGAGAGCAACUCCCACCUCUAUUUCGCUAUGGUAGAGGCAAGACACAAGACGGACAAGACGCGCACUAUCUUCUGGUUUAACGGCGGUCCCGGCUGCAGCUCAUUCGAUGCGCUAAUGAUGGAAGUUGGCCCAUUUAAUCUGAUUAAGGAUGAUAACCAUCAGCUCAGACUAAAGGAGAAAGACUACGGUUGGCACGAGUACGCUAAUAUCGUCUUCAUCGAUCAACCAGUCGGCACUGGAUUCAGUUACGCACAGACAGACAGCUACGUACGCGAACUCGACCAAGCUGCCGAUCAGUUCCUCAAUUUUCUCAACAACUUCUACGAAAUAUUCCCAGACCUUGCAAACUCAGAUACAUACAUCAGCGGUGAAUCUUACGCCGGUCAAUACAUCCCUUAUUUCGCCAAGAAGUUGAUCGAUACUCCAAAUGUCCCCUUAGAGCUUAAAGGUCUCAUUAUCGGUAAUGGCUGGAUAGACCCCAUCAAUCAAUACCCCGCUUAUGCUGAGUUUGCACACAACGAGGGCAUCAUCCAACCGGGCACAAAGGCAGACAAACAAUUCAUGGAUGUCGUCGAACAGUGCCAGAAUGCUAUUGCUGGCUCUCUCGAACGUGAAAGCCAGACAGGUGUUCUCCCCAUCUACAUCCCUCAAUGCGAGAGUGUUAUGGAUCAGAUUACAGCCUCACAUCGUAAAGUUGAGAAUGGGCAUCCGACCUGUAUGAAUAUCUACGACUAUAGACUUAGGGACUCAGAUCCAUCCUGUGGUAUGAAUUGGCCUAAUGAACUGCACGACGUCACUGCAUAUUUGAGACAAGAAAACGUUGCCAAGGCAUUCCAUGCACGCGCAAAGCCCGAAUCAUGGACCGAGUGUGACAUAAAAGUUUCCACUCAGUUGAGGGCUGACCACUCAACAGCAUCUGUUCGGUUACUUCCUGAAAUACUCAAGCACACCAGCAUACUUCUUUUCGCUGGUGACAAGGAUAUCAUCUGCAACUACCAGGGCAUAAAGAACCUAAUUGACAACCUCGAGUGGAACGAAGGAAAAGGAUUCUCUGACGAAAGUGAAACCGAGUUGUGGUCAUUACACGGUGAUCCAGUCGGUGAAUGGCAAUCUGAAAGAAACCUCACCUACGUGCGUGUAUACAAUGGAUCGCAUAUGGUUCCGAUAGAUGCGCCAGAAGCUAUGCUUGAUCUCGUUACCCGAUACAUGCAAGUGGAUAUCACGGCGGUGCAAUCAGAUGAUCUUUACGACUUUGACAGCGUCGUUGGAGAGUCGAAUCAAGUGGGCGAGAGUGAUUCCGAUAGUUUCGCAAACUCGCACAAAAAGAGUGGUGCUUUGUUCCUGCUAGUCAUUAUCAUCGCUGUCGCCGUCGCUGCUUUCGUAUGGCUUAGACGGAGAAGAAGGCAGAUGCUCGUGCAUGACUAUAGCCAACUGCGCGCUAAUACGGCUCUCGCACACGAAGAUAAUGAGAAUCGUCGCAAGUCUGACGAACGUGUCGAAUCAGAGAGAUUAUUCGAUGUCGGCAGCGACAUUGAUAGCGAUCAAGAUCAAGAUCAAAAUCAAGGUGAGACGAGUAAGCAUAGAGAGUGA